AGAAGAUGAUGACAUAGAAGAUCUACAUGAGAGGAGAUGUUACCUGGGAGGCACUGGAUGUUCCUACAAUAUAGGAUCCGCUCAAUGUAUAUCUCCUAUAUAAGAUCAUUCUCCUGAUUGACCCAUCAAGGAUGGAUAGGGAUGGGGACAAGAUGGCAGAGAGUAUAAUAAAUCUCACCAUAGAGAUCCUCCUCCUGCUUACUGGACAGGAAUACACAGCAGUGACGAAGACCUCUAGUGAGCAUUGUCGGGCCCCGGUAUCUGAAGGACGGGGAGGAAUCCUGAGCUCAAUAUCCAGGCCUACACCUCACAUCCUAAUACAUGAGAAAGUCAACAGAGAGAAGAUCCUAGAGCUCACCAACAAGAUUAUUGAGCUUCUGACUGGAGAGGUUCCUAUAAGGUGUCAGGAUGUUGCUGUCUAUUUCUCCAUGGAGGAGAGGGGGUAUUUAGAAGAAAACAAAAAUCUAUACAAGCAUGUCAUGAUGGAGGAUUAUGAGCCACCAGUUAAGAAAGAGAGAACAACACCGGAGAGACGUCCCAGUCCUCUUCGUCUGCAAGAUGAUUUAGAAGAACAUCACAAUGUCCCACAGGAUGAUCAGCUUUUGAAUCCGGGUAAAGAUCUGAACAGUAUUAAGGAUGAAGAUACAUAUGUGAGGGGUGAUGAGCAGAUCAUAGAGGACAUUCCUACAGGUAAUCACCCAGAUGACUAUACCAGGAGCUCAGGAGAACAUCUGAUCUCUUCGGAUCUAAAAAAAGAUGAAUGUGGUGUCACAGACGGUACACAUGAAGGGCAUGCCAUUAUCUCAGAUGUAUCCUCGGCCUUUCACAUCAAAGAUCUAUCAUCUGAUCAUUUGAAUAGAUUUCAAUCUUCUGAUUCAUCACAGACGGUUAAGCAAAAUAAAAGUCACAGAAGAAGUGUUCAGCAUCUAAGAACUCACACAGGAAAGAAGGCUCUUUCAUGCUCAGAAUGUGGAAAACAUUUUAACCAUAAAUCACAUCUUAUUAUACAUGAAAGAAUUCACACAGGGGAGAAGCCAUUUUUAUGUCCAGAAUGUGGGAAAUGUUUUACCUUUAAAUCAGAUCUUGGUAAACAUCAGAGAAUUCACACAGGGGAGAAGCCAUUUUCAUGUUCAGAAUGUGGGAAAUGUUUUAGCCGUAAAUCAUAUCUUGUUGUACAUCAGAGAAUUCACACAGGGGAGAAGCCAUUUUCAUGUUCAGAAUGUGAAAAACAUUUUAGCCGUAAAUCACAUCUUAUUAAACAUCAGAGAAUUCACACAGGGGAAAAGCCAUUUUCAUGCUCAGAAUGUGGGAAAAGUUUUAACCAGAAAACAGAUCUUCUUACGCAUCAGAGAAUUCACACCGGGGUGAAGCCAUUUUCAUGUUCAGAAUGUGGAAAUCGUUUUAGCGAUAAAUCUGUUCUUGUUAAUCAUCGGAGAAUUCACACAGGGGUGAAACCAUUUUUAUGUUCAGAAUGUGGCAAAUGUUACACACAGAAAGCAAGUCUUGUUAGACAUCAGAGAAUUCACACAGCGAAGAAGUCAUGUUCAGGAUCAGGUCAGCUCCAGUUGCACAUCAAAGAAAUUAAAGAGGAAAAAUAAAACCAGCACAAUGCCUAGUAGGGCUAGCUCAGCCUAACAUAAUGAUACCUUUCACUUUGGCGUUUAUUGCGUCAUUCUGGAGAAAAAGUACUUUUAAUCCAUAGUAUAUAAAUUUAAAAACAGGCACUCACCAUCUAACAGUUUAAAAUAUUUUUAUUUAUUUAUUAGGAAAUACAAUAAAAUUUACCCCUACAAUAUUCUGUGAUUAAAAUAUUUGCAAUA